AUGUCACUUUACGAAGAGAAGAAUUCUGUGGAAACGAAUCUACAUCAGUAUAGAUUGAGUAAAGAUCCAGAGAAAUCGAUCCACCCAAUUAUCUCGGUGAAGUCUACUAUAAGAGAGGAUGUGGAAAAUGGAGCUAUCGGUUUGGAUCUAUAUGAACAAGCUCAAGAGCUAUCGAAAGACGAAAUUGAAUCCGAAUAUUUAAAAAUUAGACGAAAGAUAGAUAGGAGGUUAUUACCGAUUUUAUGCAUCACUUAUACAUUACAAUUCUUAGAUAAAUUAUCUCUUAAUUAUGCCUCAGCUUAUUCUUUAAAGGAAGACUUGGGAUUAACUGGUCAACGGUAUUCUUGGGUGGCAGCAAUAUUUAAUUUUGGCUACCUUUUUUGGGCAUUACCAUCCAACUAUAUUAUCCAGAGAGCACCAGUGGCUAAAUAUACCGGGGUUAUGCUUUUUGUAUGGGCAAUCAUAUUAAUUGCUCAUAUAGGGUGCCAAAAUUAUGGGGGAAUGUUGGUUGUCAGGUUUAUCUUGGGCAUGUUUGAAGCCGGUAUAUCGCCAGCUUGCAUGACGAUAUGUUCAAUGUUUUAUACUAGAGAAGAACAGCCAUUCAGGAUGUGUACCUUUUUAUCUUGUAACGGGAUUGCAACUAUUGUUGGCGCAUUAUUAGGCUAUGGUUUGGGACAUUCAACAAAUGCAUCUAUUAAAUCGUGGAAAUUGAUAUUUUUGGUAAUAGGAUUGCUCAAUUUAGUAUGGUCAGUAGUAUUCAUUUGGUUAUGCCCUGAUUCACCAGCAACUGCGACGUUUAUUAACGAAAGGGAAAAGGCGAUUGUCGUUGACAAGAUUUCAAAGAAUAAUAUGGGUAUCAAAGACAAGAAAAUUAGAAGAUAUCAAAUCAUUGAAGCGGUAUCGGAUCCAGCUGUUUGGUUGAUUUCCUUUAUAGGGCUUUCAUGUGGAAUUGUCAAUGGUGGAGUUUCUAACUUUUCUUCAGCGUUAAUGAAAGGUUAUGGAUUCAGUGGACUAAAUGCAACAGCUUUACAAUUACCAACGGGGGCUAUUGAGUUUGUGGUUGUGUUCAUUGCAGGUAUCAUAGCUAUAAGUGUAAAAAAUACUAGAUGCAUAAUAUUCGUAUUACUUUGUGUACCCGGCCUUGCAGGAUUGAUCGGGAUUCAUUUAAUCAAUUUAGACCAUAAAUGGGCAUUGGUAGGAUGUACUUGGCUUCAGUUUAUUAUUGGGGGUCCAGUUAUUUUAUCGUGGAUAUUUCUAACGGGUAACAUUGGUGGUCAUACUAAGAAAACAAUUUCGAAUGGUUUUUGGUUUACGCUUUAUGCAGCGGGUAAUAUAAUCGGAGCUAACAUAUUUUAUGCCAAUGAAGCCCCCAAAUAUACAAGCGCCAUUGUUGGUUUGAUUACAUGCUAUUCAGGAAUGAUGGUAAUAGGAAUUGGGUACAGAUUUUUGCUUAUUCAUAGAAAUAAGAAGAGAACAUAUGAACAAGGUGAAUACAAUGAUGAAAUUGCCAAGCAAGCGGUCAUCGAUGGAUUUAAUGAUUUGACUGAUUUUGAGAAUCGAGGUUUUAGAUAUGCGAUAUAG